CGCAACGGCGUUGUCACUCUGCUGGGGGAGGGGGGAGCUGACCGAAAGAAAAACGUCAUCAAAUCGCGCUCACUUCUCCCUCUUCCCUCUUUCUCCCCUCCCCCAAGCCCCAAACAGAGCUGGGUUCCGAGGAUCGCCCCGCGGCGGCCGCUGCGGGAAGUGCACGCGUGCGUGCGAGAGGGCUGUUCUGUCCUUCCGUGGGAUUGGAGGCGUGGCUGGCGCUGAGAUUGAAGGAGUAGAAGGAGGCGGACGAGGAGGCUGAGGCUGCAUGGAGAGGUCUUGGGGGAGCAUCAACUCCGCCGAUCGCGGUUGGUAUGUCUCCGCCCGGCAGGAGCAGAGAGAGGACGCGGAGGAGGAGGAGGAAGAGAAGGAGCAAGAGGAGUCGAGCCCCUUGCUCCGCAACGGGCCUCAAAUUCAAGAAUACUCAGGCGUUUCUUUUAGUUUCUCAGUGUUUAACUUAAUGAAUGCCAUCAUGGGAAGUAGCAUCCUUGGUCUAGCAUACAUUAUGGCCAAUACAGGUAUUAUUGUAUUUAGUAUCAUGCUGCUGAUAGUUGCUAUCCUGGCUUCUUACUCAGUUCAUCUCCUUCUUACUAUGUGUAUUCAGACAGCUGUCACAUCUUAUGAAGACCUUGGUCUUUUUGCAUUUGGAUCAUUUGGAAAGGUGGCUGUGGCAAGUACAAUAAUUAUUCAAAAUAUUGGAGCCAUGUCAACUUAUCUUUUAGUUAUCAAAACUGAACUUCCUGAUGCAAUUUCACAGUUUCUAACUGGUGACUAUAGUGGGUCUUGGUAUCUUGAUGGAAGAAUACUGCUGAUAAUUAUAUGUGUAUGCAUUGUUUUCCCCCUUGCACUUCUUCCUAAGUUAGGCUUUCUUGGCUACGCAAGUAGUUUAUCAUUUUUCUUUAAGGCGUUCUUUGCUCUUGUGGUUAUAGUGAAAAAAUGGUCCAUUCCUUGUCCACUGACACUCAAUCAUGGAGGGGAAUUCUUCCAGAUUUCAAAUAUCACUGAGGAUUGUAUUCCAAAGCUUUUUAAUUUCUCCAAAGAGAGUGCUUAUGCCAUUCCAACUAUGGCAUUUUCAUUUCUCUGCCAUACUUCAGUAUUGCCCAUAUACUGUGAACUUCAAAGACCUUCUAAGAGCCGAAUGCAGAAUGUAACCAAUAUGGGGAUUGCUUUAAGUUUUCUCAUUUAUUUUUUAUCAGCAUUGUUUGGCUACCUCACUUUUUAUGGAAAAGCGGAGUCCGAAGUCCUACAGGGUUAUAGCAAGUAUUUGCCACAUGAUGUUGUUGUCAUGGCUGUGAAGUUAUGCAUCCUGUUUGCUGUGCUCUUGACAGUCCCUCUAAUCCAUUUCCCUGCAAGGAAAGCAAUGAUAAUGGCAUUUUUUCCUAAUCGCCCUUUCUCAUGGAUUCAUCACUUUUUGGUCACUUUAGCACUCAAUAUUGUCAUUGUUUUACUUGCACUAUAUGUUCCUGACAUUAGAAAUAUAUUUGGUAUAGUUGGUUCCAGUACAUCAACAUGUUUGGUUUUUGUGUACCCAGGAUUAUUUUAUCUUAAACUAAGUAGAGAGGAUUUUAUAUCACAAAAGAAGCUUGGGGCUUGUGGACUUCUUCUCUUUGGAAUUCUGGUUGGGAGUUUGAGUUUUGCACUAAUCAUUUUCAACUGGAUUAAUAAGUAAAAGAAUCAUUUCCCUUAACUCCUACAACACAGCUUAUAGAACAGUUUCCAGAAAGAUGUGGAUAUUGUCACAGAGCUCAGCUGAUUAUGGACUAUAGAAGACAUAUUAAUGUAAUUGUUCAGUCAGUCAUGUCCUUUUUUUUUUUUUUUUUGCCAUUUUCUUCUCCAGUGUGUCCCCAUUUUACAGAUGAGAAACUGAGGCAAAUAGGGGUUAAGUGACUUGCCUUAGGUCACACAUUCUGAGGCUAGAUUUGAACUCAGACCUUCCUGACUCCAGGCCCAGUACUCUAUCUACCAUACUGCCUAGCUGCCCCUGUUAUCACAAUACUACUUCCAUUUUUUCAGCCAGCCUUGGAAGAGCAUGUUUUUUGUACCAGUGAACUUUCUUACUUCUGGAAUUCACUACUUUUGAAGAGAUUUAAUAGGGAUGACCUAGAAUAAAUCAGUCAUCUUCUGAGAAAAGAAAGCAUACCUUCAGUCUUAGAAAAAGCCUAAUAAAAUUAAAACAUCUUAGCAUUUUUAUACUGUUUUAAAGUUUACAGACUAGUUUACAUCCGUUAUCUCAUUUAAUCUUUGCAAUAUCCCUGUGAAGUAGGGAGUGCAAAUAGUAAUAUCUGCAUUUUGCAGAUGUGGAAACUGAGGUUCCAAAGGGUAAGAUGAUUUGCCAAAGAUCAGGCAGCUGAUCAGACAGCAAACCCACAAUUUGAAUACAGAUUUUCUGACUACAAAUCCAGUGCCCUUUUUACAUUUUAUCAUACUGCUUCUUCGCGAUCCAGUGAGAUUGUAAUAUAUUUGAAUUUAAGAACUCUGCUAUUUAUUGUAUCUUAGUGCUUAGUGCAGUAGUAGGCACAUAGUACUCUAGCAGUACUUGCUAAUUGAGCAGUUAUAAGAGGGUAGAAUCCAUGUUAGUAUACAAGCUAACAAUAUUUGUCUUAUUUAAUAGACUGUGAGGCCUACAUUCAGAUUAUGGAAAAAACCAGCAUUAUUUCUUCUUGUAUUGUACUAUAGCAAUAUUCUUUGAGACUAGUCAGUAUUACAAAUACUUGUUUUCUAAAACCUCAGUUUGGUUUGAACUGACUUUCAGGAUAUUUAUGUUCUGACUCCAUAAGCAUUUCAUGUUUACACCCCUGCUAUUAGAGAAAAUAAAACUUUCUAGUUAUAUACCUAAAGCACAGUGGGGAACUUUAAUCUACUUGGAUCUAAUUAUGUGCUGCUGUUCGAUUCAAAAAUCCCAUUAAAACCAUUACGUGUUUAUGCCUUCUAUAAAUCCAGACUUAGGCCCGUUGUGACAGCUGAUAAAAUUGCUCCCCAAACUCAUCAGCUAGCCAAGAGAAGUGAAUGCCUCAUUAGCAGUAAAGAACUUGUUUCGCCAUUCCCGUAGUUAGUCAUUCCUCUUCUAUUUUAAGUUGAAAAUGUGUACCCAAACAAGAGA